GAAUCAUGGUCAAAGUGUUGAUAUUGGUGGCUGCUCUCAUUGCAACGGCUCAGGCCAUCGUGGUUCAUAGUUGCGGAGAUGGCUAUCCCAACCCGACGCAGGUUAUCGUCCCAGGCUGCAGCGUGAUGCCGUGUGAUGUGCCCAACCUGACGGACUUCAGUUUCUCGGUUCGGUUUGCAUCGCCCUUUCCGACCAAUACCUUAGACGUUGAUGUGACCGCUACAUUGGGAGGUUUCAACUUGCCGUAUGAGACGCCAGAGCAUCUGAGGGAUGGGUGCGCCAACAUUGACGGCAGCUGCCCGUUGGCAGCCGGUCAGGAAGUUACACUCACUGGAACGGCUCCAGUUGAGGCCCCAUUGGUUAAUGUUACCGUCCGUUUGCGGUUCGAGAUUACCGGAGAUGGCGGACAGCCGGCUGUUUGCUUUGCGGCUGACGUUAGACUUGUUUGAAAUUUUUAGGGUCUUUGAAAAUGAAAUAAAAGUCAAUAAUUUUCACAAUGUUUUUUUACCUACACAGGGCACUACUGAAUACUUUCCAAUCGUAGUAGUGAGGCUUUCGGGAAGCAAGCCUUGUGCCUAGUAGAUCAAAUGAGUUCUGCAAGAUCUGAAUCCCCAACACUAAUGUCACAGUGUAGGAUGUGUAAAAUA